AUGACCUUUUCACGUUCCAAACUACCUUGCAAGCCAUGCAAGCCUGUGGGUGCCGCUGGUAAUACUGCCACUGAGGAGAUGGAGAGAAUCGACGGUGGUGGUGGUCACCCUGUCAACCCCAGCCCGCUCUCUCCCCGCCUAACCUCCCCCCUUGGCUCACCUACUGCCCCGUCUCGUGCAAAUCCUCUCAGCCCCCGCGGUUGCAUGAGUCCUACCGGCCAGGAUCCGACUUGCGAAGAUGUGCUAAGUCCCAGCCGAUCAGGAGCAGCAGCAGGAGAAGCAGAAGCGCGUAGUGAGCUCAGAAAAUUUCGGCUGCACCAAUCCAAGGGUCACCGCCGCCACGGGGCUCUCGCGUUCCUCGCCUCCGAACCUGCCGCAGGCUCGGGUUCAGGCUCGGCCAAGGCAGGCGAGACAGGCACAGCUGGAAAGCAUCUCUGCCCCCCAUCCACAUGCAAUGCCCCCAAUGUGAUCCCGUCCAUGCACCAUGCUGCAGCAGCAAAUGGGCAAGCAGAGGCAGGGAAGGAGAGGGGCGACGGGGGGGAUGCAUGGGAUGGGUGGGAGGAAGGGAGUGGGGAUGGCGUGGCAGGUGACGUGGACGACCCUCAGCUGGAGCUGUAUCGAUGGGAAGGUGACAAGCUGGAAAAGCUGUUCACGGCAUAUGCCAACAAGGGUGACAAGCUGGAGAAGCUGUUCACUGCAUAUGCCAACAAGGGUGACAAGCUGGAGAAGCUGUUUGCUGCAUAUGCCAACAAGGUGGGGGGGGCGCCAGUGGGCUCGUUCAAGUUUGUCUUUGAUGGCGAAGCGCUAAGGAGUGAUUCGACACCAGCUGAGGUGGACCUUGACGAUGAGGACCAGAUUGAAGCUGUGCGGAAAUAA